CCACCCUCGUUGAGCUAGAUAAUACACACAAUGCACAGAUGUCGGUCAAUUCGUGUUGCAGUUGCCCGUUGUGGUAUUCCAAACGAUUAGGAUGCUUCUUCAGAAAUCUGUAUAGACUUGACGGGUAAUAAAGACUGUCCGGUGGCAGACCAAAAGGAUCAAAGAAUGUGGCCGAACCAUCAGAUUCUAAAGUCAAAGCGAGCCAGUGCUCGCCGGGGAGGUGCCUUGGAUGCGUAUUUACAAUAUAGUGUCUAGGGAGGGUGUCUUUGACGUCAGCUAACUCGUCUGAUGCGAAAACACCUCCAAACAGUGCUCUUUGCAUCCGGGUCAUAAUCAAGUCCAAUUCACGACCGUUCAUAGCGUUAAUAAUAGUCCAUCAAUACUUCCCUCUUGGCAUUAAUUUUAAUAAGGGAAUCAUAAACCGCGUAUACAAUAAGCGGGGCUGUGUGUGGGGGGGGCGUACGGAACCGUAAAUCUAAUCUUCAAACGCCAUUAUUUACGGGUGAUAAAGCUCCAGAGUCAUCCGCUUGACUUAAAUUGAAGACAAAAAGUGAGUAGCCUUGACUAAAAUCCUGUUGAUCGAUACGAAGAGGUAAAUCUUUCAAAAAACACCCUGUCGCUCUGUAUAGAUUAUGAAAUUCGUGUGUACAAAAUCCAGCUUCGAAAUUGGGCUGAAAUGCUUUUGCAGGUAUUUGUCGACCUUCAUGGCUAAGAGCCAAGUACUCUGUUAUGAUGCAAAAAAUUAAACGGGUCUAAAUCUCGCCAUCCCAUGAAGCUGUUAUGAUUCACCAUAGCUAAUACAAUUUGUUUAGGAAUAUGUCCGAGGAAGAGGUUGUCUUGGUGACAAAAUCCGCGAGUUUUGAGAAUGUCUCCAUAUUGACUCUGCUUAACGGAUACAAGAAUUUACCUUUCUGUAAAGCGGCUUCAUGUCCGAUCGAAACGGCUGGUGAGGUAACCCUAACCCUAACCCUUUCUUCACAAAAUGUGAGGCUCCUAGUAUCUUGAGACACGAAUCGCUGUCUGGAGCGUUCAUGAGGCAAAAAUCAUCAGGAGCUCUAGUUAACUUCAGGCACAGAUCCACAUUAUUCAAUAGAUGGCGUUCAGAAAAGAAAAUAUCACCAUGAAGCGGUCCAGUUACGUGAAACUCACGUGACCCCGGUGUUAGAGAGGUGCUCACUCUAACUUAUUUUGCAAGAACCACUCGGAGACAAGUUAGUCGUUUUAGACAUCUGCAGGCGGAGAGUUCACUCGUCGCUGUGCUUACAACGAUGGUCGAAUGAAGUCUGACUCUCGCUUCCCACAAGAGCAUCUUUAUUACGAGAAAAAGGGUGGGGUGACAGUGGACUGAAUAGACAAGUUAAAGCCCUUGACCUCUAGAUUAGCAGAGCAGGGGAUGUUUUACGACAUUGUGUAGGAUGAGACAAGCUAGGUUAUUUAUUACUGGUUACACACCAACAUAAGCAUAAAACUAAUCUACCUAGGUUAUUUAUUACCGGUUACAUACAUUCCAACAUAAUCAUAUGAUCAAGAUAGUUUUGGAAAACCCUGACAUAUCCCUCCUGUUUUAUUAUAUGAUUAUGUCAACCCAAUCCACAAACACAAGCAAGAAAAUAUAAAGAAGAAUAGUAAAAAUAAAAAAAAAACUAACAAAAAUGAUCAAUAAAAACAGAGAUGACAGCGGACGGGUCGGGGAACGUGUAGGGUGAAACACGACAAAAACAACAACCAAUGAUAGCAACAACUUCCAGUGAAGAUGAGGUUUUCCCUCAAUACUCCAGUUCAAACUUAUUGUGUGAUCUAAAAACCUGCUGGCCGAUGUUAAUAUGCAGGAAAAGUCUCACACGGUCCCUCUGCCUUAGGCGACCAGAACGCUAUCAAUAAAAAAUAUAAAUAAAGCCACGAUCCGUUCCGAAUGAAGUAGGUCCCGUCCAAUGGUACAGCCAUGUUGGCAGGAGAGCCCUUACGCCUUGAAAUGGCUCACCCAUCCUGGCACACAGCGGUGAUGUCCAAAGCUCCCAUCCAGUUCCCUCCUGGAGAGCAGUUGUCGUGAAUGCAUUCGUGGGUCUUGUUUUCUUGGAUGAAACACGUGUAGUCCAUUCCAGGUAGCGUCCUGGUUUAGGCCACUUGUGGCAUCUGUCGUCCUCCAACAGUCACAUUGGGAUUAAUCCAAAAGAGUUUGAUCACAGAUUAAUUCCUGCGAGUCCAGGGCGGUAGGGGUAGCAUCACUGACUGUGACAGCACAGUGUUGAUAUCCAACUCCUCCCAUAGAUGCCAUACAUUUUGCUUCAGUGACAUUCAUUGCUCUGGCCUCCAAGUCAACUUGUGUGGAGCAAGGGGAGUUUUUGGAAACACAGAUAACAUCCCUCCUGUGUGUGCGCUCUUACAGCGACCUUCACAUACCGGUACCAAGUGUUGGUUUCGUAUGGGUUUCUGGGGUCCCAUGACCAGUCCUCAAAGUUCUCACCGUGUGACCAUCGUUUUCCACGGUCAACAUUGACACUUGGUCUGUUCAGAUGUGUCCAUAGACUAUAGCAUGCUCCAACCACAACGCAGCAGAGGAUCCACCUGGCAUGUGGAGCCACGUUGCUACUAAGAUGACAGGAACACCGAGACAUACCCCCGCCUAGCGGAGUUGGGAUCGUUGUUCGUAGACUUCGCCACCACCCCGAAAUGAGGGGUCCAGCACUCCCUGUAGCUUGCAGUGGCUGAGGUGAAUCCAGCUGGGUCGUACAGCGAGCUUCACUGCGGUGGGGGAAGUCAGCAAGACUUGGAAUGGUCCCUCCCACCAUGGCUGGCCCAGUUCUUUCUUUUGAUGACCUUGAUGUAGACCCAGUCUCCUGGAUUGAUGGGGUUGUCGACCUGUGAGGAGGAAAGAUCAGGCGGCAGUAAAUUUGCAUUUGACACAUCCUUCAGUCUGAGUGCCCUGAUCAUGCUACCUAUGUUCUUCGUCUGCUUUUUGCAACUCUUGUAGUCAAUUGUAAUGCCCUUUUGAACGAGGCAGAUAGGAAUGUUUGAAAGAAGAGUUUGAGCACUUCCUAAUGAUUCCUCCUAACCAAAGACCGUUCAUGACAGGGGCUUUCCCAUUUAUUGCCUCCUGUCUUAAAGGAGAUUCCCUUAUCCAUGCCGUCUUCUUCCUAACACGUUCGCACCCACACAGGUUGUGCACAUAAACGCACACACACCGAGCGCGCACCCAAGGCUCAGAUGAACGACAACAGCCCGACACAAUUUUACAGAGAUUACGCCCUAAUACAGAACACACAAAGGUAUUCCAUACAUCUCUCAUGUAGCUUCUUUUGAUAGAACCUCCUAUUGGUAACUGUAUAGGGGACCGUUUAGCAUAUAAUCCCUUACUCAACUCCCUUGCUUCUACUUUUCCAUGUCGGUGCAGUCGUAAGUGAUCCCUAUUGCAGUCAUUGUCUUGUUAACUGUCGCCUUGUGCGACUCCUAUGCAUGAUUGUGUGAAAGUCAAAAAUUUAACGUAUCCAACUUUCUGACCACCCAAAAUCCACUGUGGUGCAACAAAUUUACUAUUUUAUUGAGUAGGUACAUUGAGCAACCUAGCUUCCUCUUGACUGAAUUCACUUUAGUCCAAAUGUCCUAUUAUAAAAUGUAUCUAACUCAAUUUCUACUUCUUAUGCCUGAUGAGCCAAAACAUCAGAUCUCGCUCUUGUUUCUCACCAUUUUAGCCUAUUUGUUUUGUCCAAUCUGUUCAAUCUCUGACCAUGAUGCUUCUCUCUGUAGCUCUACGCAUUAUUAAAUUUUUAUCAAAUCUCCUCAGUUCUGUCAAACUCAGCGCACAAUGAAGCUCCUGUCCACUUUGACCCAAGCCCCACCAAGUCUAGCCAAGCCACAGCAAGGAGUGCGAUUUGGCCGUCGGCCACUUCAUGUCCAUGUGUCUUCUGCUGCAAGUUGGUGUUCUUUUGUUGUUGCUUCAGAGCCAACCCAUCCAUCACUCUCGAAUGAGUCCAUUGUUCAAAUGAGUCAAUUUUCAACAUUGUGAGUUCCUCCGCUUCUCACUGUCUUUUCUCGUCCCCGAGGAUGUCGUCUUUCCUCCGGAGUGUACUUGCCCCCCUCCAAGCCCAACAACAGUCUUUCUCUGUCCUUGCCAAAGGUCAAAGGUGCCUCAAAGCCAGGCACCGUUUUGUAGACGUCCACGGCUGCAGGCAGUCUCGGGAUCGAGUUUCAGGGAUCCUGGCGCUGAGAGUGACAGACUGGGACAUCAAACUUGUAACCAAAUGUAGCUGCUGCUAGUAACGUUUGUUUACCAAACUUCAAAUUCUCCUAGUAACAGCAAUCUCGUCUUUAUAUUGUAAGUCCUGCAACUCAUCCUAUUUUCGAGCUACGUUCUGUCUAUAGUUCCAAUUCAAUGAGACAGUACAUUGUCUUCAGUAUCAUUAUUCAAAAUUAACUCAACGAGGUCUGCGUUCCACAUCUAGCCCUGAUCUAUGUCUUGAACUCUCAAACGUUAUUACUUGUGUCAUGCUUGCUCAAAAAUGUGACUUAGAAUAUGGUGCUGUGAAUUGCUGUGAUCCCGCUUCUUAGUUCUUCUUUCUCAUGCUCCUGUUAGCCUGCAAUUGUCCAAAUCAAUAAUGUUGUUGUCUUUCUUUUGAACCUCUAAAUCUCUCGUGUUGCUAACCUAUCUACACCAGGAAGGGUCUUGAAGAAAGGACCAACAGAUUACUCCCAAUAUCUCCUCAUUAUUUAUGAGUUAGCUUCCCUUUCCUCACUCGGGUGCAUAUCUUGUCAGUUGUUAAUGGAAACCAGAUGUCUCGUGCCAAUGAGAUCAUGGACUAAGGCCCAAACAAUCCCGCACGAACUUGACCCGAAACAUGACCCGGUCACACUUAGGCUUACUAGUGAGAUAUACAUUGCAUGAUACCAGAAUAGAAAUUUACCACAGUAUGACACCAAAUGUAUUAGAAAAUCCAUAUGUCGUAAAGUGUUGUAUUAUUACUAUCUUCCACUAUCUGUCCUAUUCACUCCCUCCUUCUAAGGCUUGGCAACGCCCAUGCCUCACACCUUGACAAACGUUUUGGGAGAAUGUGUUCUUUACUACAUAUGAUUCCAUCAUUUAAUUUGACUUUCUUUCCAAAACGCUUCUCAAUUUCCCAGUUCACACAUCUUCUGCAUGUGUUACUGGUUCUCCAGUUUCUUCUCUAGUUAAUUAUUAAUCCAAAAGCUAUGUUUUUCAUUUUAGCAUUCAAUUUACUCAAAACCACUCUUCCAGUAAAGUCGCUCUACUAAUUUUCCAUAGUAGUCGCCAACAGCUUCAACCAUUCAACCUGUAUUUUCCUAUCAUUCAAGGCAAUCAUUCAUCAAUGCUCAUUUGCAUCUCACACAGUCUCCAAAAAGGAGUCUUUCCAUCACAUUGGUCUCAAUUCAUUCAAGCUCACCACACAACAUUCAUAUACCAUUUUCAACUCAAGGUUCCUGAUAGAACAAUCCACCAAUCCAAAAAAAAACCUCAACUCAUAAGAACUACUGGCAAAUUAAUCUGAAUUUUUCUUUGUUUUUAGAUUUAACGAACUCAAUUUCUCAGAUUUAGCUCGCAUAUAGCAAUUUGUAUAAUUUUAUAACACCAUCAGUCAAUUAUUCCUAUUAAAUGUAGCAUUGCAAUGUCUUAAAUUCACAAUUUUGCUUCUUCCAAUUCCUGAAAGCAUGUUCUGUCGUUUUUUUUUUUUAAUUUCUCAUGAGGGCUCGACACUUAACAUGCACUAGUGUGGAUCAAUUUCUGCUCGCAAACACAUUUUUCUCUUUUCCUCUCAUUUUUAUCUUUCCAAAUCGUUUCUGUUCUGCGGUGCAAAUUGGAUAGACCACAGUCUAGCAAAUUUCUUUACACUAAAAGUUUAGCCAAUCUUCAUCAUUUUAACACACAUGCACAGCUCUCGCGCGCGUAGGGCAUGUCCCAGCACCAAUAAUUCGUCACAGGCUGGCCAUUUCCUGUGGUCCAUCAUGAGCUAGUCCCUCCCACGCACACAAGGACAGUACAUUCUAAUUUUUUAUUUAUAUUCAAGUUGCAUUCAUUUACCACUUGACUAACUUUAGUGUACACACACAAUUUGAUCUCUGGUCAUUUGUCAUUGGGCAUACAAACAGCAUUGUACAGCAUACUUCUUGUAUGGACAUGAGCUCUAAUAAUCCAAAAUAAAUGUUCCAAUAAUCUAACAAUGACAUGUUUUGCUGUCAUAAUGGCAUCUAUUCUUCUCCGUAUUAGCAUGAGGGGUCAAAGUGGAGGAAGCUUGUCAUGCUGUAAAUGUGACUUUUCCUCUGCCACUUCCUCCGCCCUUUGAUUGGUACAGUUUUACACGACGACACACUCUUGCCAAGUGUCCCCGUUCCCCAUAAUUUCAACAGUCCAAAUUUGAUGUCGAGUUUGAAUUGAAUGGCGGCCUGCGGCCUUGUUGGUCUCUAACUCUUCCUCUGCCCCUUUGGGAACUUUGGAAGAUGACCGUUGUAUCUUCAUCUAGAUCACUACCAUCAUCAUCUAGAUGAAAUACAUCAGAACUUUUGCCUUUUUGGAUCACUUUUUUAGCAUGUCUGGCCCACUGCAUAGUCGUUGUAUACAAGUUUUGCACACGAGCGGAAUGCCUCUCUUGCUCUUCUGCUUGAGCUGCGGCUGGAGCCGUGGCCGGGACAGUGCGCCUGCGCACUGUGGUCUCAUUGUCUUCCGGCCUGACAAACAAAAAAAACAUCUUUUGUCUUUUGGAUUUAUUCUCUUCUCUCUUGUGAAGCUUUCAACCACAGUCUAGCACAAUUCAACUCUCAACUUCCCUUCUACUCCAUACUUUUUCUUCCACAUUGGCAUGUAUUGCAUACAAUUAAGAAAUCUACUCACCAUGAACUUCUCAUCUCCUUCAAGAGCUAGAGAUUUAUCGUUCCUUUUUCCCAUCUUAAUUUUAGUAGUUCUAGUUCAUCCAAUUUUUUUUCUUCUUUGAGGAUCCUCAAUGCAGGUUUAAAUUGAUCUUUCAACAGAUUACUAGCCCGUGUUAUUGCCGUGGAUCAAGGCUAGAACUGCUUUUUAGUCAAUUUAUCCUUCCGGUCACACUCAACCACACAACUUUCAUGCAAACAGCUUAGAAAAACAGACAAAAAAAAACCCAAAAAAAAGAGUCUACGCCCUUCUUCAAUUAAGAAAAAGAAGCUCUGUUUUUUCUUAGCCCGUUCCUUCCACUGGGACAAGAAUCCCAGCUGUUUCUUAGCUUGAAAAAACCAAAGCCGUAUCUCUCAUAGCUCGGACAAACCAAAGCUGUAUAUCUCGUGCAUCUUUAAUUUUUUACGCGUUUCGUAGCUCGAACAAAUCAAAGCCGUAUCUCAUAGCUUGGACAAACCAAAGCCGUACCUCAUAGCUUGGACAAACCAAAGCCGUAUCUCAUAGCUCGGACAAACCAAAGCCGUAUCUCAUAGCUCGUACCAGGGCUGUGGACUCGGUUCGGACUCGGGGACUCGGACUCGGUCUGACUCGGUCAUUUUUGCCGGACUCGGACUCAGUGCUGAUUUUGACCGAGUCCACCGAGUCCGACAAUAAAAAAAAAAAAAGAGGCAAGACGCAGCCAGAGUGUCACGUUACAGUCAGCGCGGUAGGAGUUGUAAGAAGCAGUAAAAACUCCACCAAACUCGCCGUAAUGACCCGUGAUAUAUGUUAUAUCCUUACUAUUUUCCAGGUUCUUAAAUAGCAAAAAUAGGUCGGACAACGACGUGAAUGAUAACUGCUUUAUUCCUUACUCACAGUAGGGAUGGGCGGAUCGAUACCAAAAUAUCGAUAUAUCGAUCCAGGCUGCUCAUUUUUGAGUAUCGAUCUCCCUAGCUAAAAUAUCGAUACUUACAAUUAUUUAAUUAUAUUUAUCCUCAUUUUUUUCUGCUCCAAUUUGACGACUUGCACUCAUGCUAGCACUACUUUUCUUUCCGCCGGCUGCACCGGCGUGUCCUGCUCUGCUCCCGCCCCCUUUUCUCACAAGCCAAGCCCUCCUCCUCCGCCCCCCGUUCCAAUCCAAACAAACACAAACAAGCAUGGCCACGGCGGCGGCCCAAUUCGAACGCAAGAGAAGUCUGGUUUGGGGAUAUUAUAUUUUACUUAAUAACAACGAGGCAAAAUGUGAAAUAUGUCACAAAACAAUUAAAUAUUGUGGCAACACCACAAACUUGACAAAACAUUUAAGCAAAAUUCACCCCACGGUUCAUGAAGAGCUGCAGUUGAAACGUGCCGCAGACACUAAGGCAGCGACGGAAAACCCUGCAGCCACACCGAGGCUAAGGUACCAAAGUACCUUAGAAGCAGCGUUUCAGAAAGGCAAGACAUAUCCAGGUAUCAGGUGCUAACCAAAAAUCGUAAGCAUUUGUGGUUGAUGUGCUAUUUGAAGCAAUAAUUACUACGCUUUAGUCAGUCAUUUAUAAAUAAAGUUUUCCCCUUUUCAAUUUGUGGUCGAAAGCCAUACGUUUUAUUUGUAACUCCACUUCCUAUAAACAACACUAAAGUAUUACAAUAUUAAAUGUAAGUAUCCAGUGGCUUUACAAAUUGAUAGUUUUGCUGCUCAUGACGAUCAAGCCCUGCAUCUCUGUUGGUACCAUGUCUCUUUUUAGAUUAGUAUACUAAAAGACAAAACUUUUUCCCAACAACAGAGAGAGAGAGAGAAAAAAGUAAAGAAUAGCUCCUUUUUAUUAAAGUUAUACUAUUAAUAUGCAUCUUCCACUAAUGUACUUAUGUCUAAAAAGGUUAAUAAUUCAUGUACAUGACGUAAUACUUUUUUCUACAAAAUUCAAUAGAUGACUCUCCAAGAGCAAGAAUGCCACUGCAUUUAAAUUGUUUUUUUUGGCGGGAAAUUACACUUCCGGUAUCGAUAUCGGAUCGAAUAUCGGGUAUUUUGGGUAGGAAAUACUUGGUAUCGGAUCGAUUCCAAAAUCAUUGGUAUCGCCCAUCCCUAACUUACAGUGCGUUCACAGGGCGUACCACAACAACACAGAAUGCGCCUGUGGUGUAUUGAUUUGGUAAUGUUGGUUGGUAUAAGUAUUAUUUCAGUGCUUAUUUGCUGCCAAUGUGAUACUUCUACUUUUACCCAGUAGAGGGCGCACUCGCCUAGAGUUGACUACUGAGGAUUGAUGUUAGACAGAAGAAGUUGUACAAGAGAGAAAACCUGUGCUUGUACUGUGUGUGCCGUUCUAUUAAAAAGUGUGCGCGUCAUUACGGCCACGAUAUAAAAUAUUUCUGGCGACGAGGAUAAACAAAGUUUGGAAGAAAGGACGUGUUGUUCGGACGACAAGGACUUAAAAAGGGAGGAGUACCAAGUACCGUGAAAGUUUGUAAAAGAUGGCGACCAUUGGCACUCUGGCGGCGUUUGAUGCGAAAAAUCAAAGCUGGGAAGAAUACUGUGAAAUAAUGGAUCAGUUUUUUGAGGCCAAUGAGAUUGAUGAUGGGGAUAAGCAGAGAGCUAUUCUCCUCAGUGUUGUCGGCGCAUCUACAUACAGUUUAAUGCGGAAUCUCCUUAGUCCAAAUAAACCAAAAGAGAAGACUUACGGCGAGCUGGUGGCACUACUAAAAAACCACUUCGACCCAAAGCCAAGUGAAAUCGUCCAGAGGUACAAGUUUGAUUCUCGCAGUCGUAAGCCAAAUGAGUCGGUGAUGGAGUACGUAGCGGAGCUGCGGAGGCUGGCCCAGGACUGUAAUUAUGGCAACACCUUGGAGCAAAAGUUGAGAGACAGGAUCGUUUGUGGAAUAAAUGAUGAUCGGAUUCAAAGAAGACUCCUGGCAGAAGCAGAUCUAACGUGUGAGAAGGCUUUGUCCAUUGCAGUUGCGGCAGAAACAGCAACUAAAAAUGCGCAAGACCUGCAGAAUCCGUGCACCACUGCGAAGUGCUUCAAAGUAAACAAAGGCCCGCAGCAGCGAGGCAAGUUCAAGUGCGGAAAUGUUCAGGAGUGCUAUCGUUGCAAAGGACAACACAACGCUGCAGAAUGUAAGUUUAAACAAGAAAAAUGUCAUGCAUGUGGAAAAGUGGGUCAUAUUGCCAGAGCCUGCAGAAAUAAAAGCAAACAAAAGAGAUAUGUAGUAAAUGUAGUAAAAAAGGAGCAGUCUCGUUCAAGUUAUCGGUCACAUAACGUUCAAGAGCGACCAGAGGACAGUGAUACAGAUAGUUCGGAAGAAGAUUCCUUUCCUUUACAAAAUAUAAAGUUUAAGCUUGGACGUAUGAGUGAAAUAUACCUGAGAAAAGUUGAUCCGUAUACAGAGAGCAUGAAACUAAAUGGGAAGAGAGUUCAGUUUGAGAUUGACACAGGUUGCAGUCUCACAGUAAUGAGUGAGAAGACAUUCCUAACAACAUGGAGAACCAACAAGACUCCUUGUAUUAAACCAGUACGACUCAAGUUGGAGACAUACACUGGGGAUCGAGUUGAAGUUGUGGGAGCAGCUCAAGUCCAAGUCAAGUACAAAAAGCAAAGAGCUAAACUGCCCCUAGUGGUUGUGAAAGGAGAUGGUCCCUCAUUACUAGGCAGAUGCUGGCUAGAGGACAUUCAGCUGAAUUGGAAAGAAAUAAAAGCCAGACACAAAGAAAGACAAGUACAUCAGAUACACACAGACCAGGAAACAGUGGAAACAAAAGCGACCUUACAAGAAGUACUGUGCAAACAUGAUGAAGUUUUCAAGGAGGAGCUGGGCACUUUAAAGGGCACCAAAGCCACUAUUCAUGUGAAGGGAAAUGCUGUUCCGCGCUUCUUCCGUCCAAGGUCUAUUCCUUAUGCCAUGAGAGCAAAAGUGGAUGAGGAAAUUGACAGACUGUUAAAAGAAGACAUUAUCACACCAGUUAAGUACUCAGAAUGGGCAGCACCAGUGGUACCUAUCCUGAAACCAGUGGGCACAGUCAGAUUAUGUGGAGAUUAUAAACUAACAUUAAACACCGUGUCAUCCCUUGAGCAGUAUCCGAUACCCAGAGUUGAGGAUUUGUUCAAUGCACUUGCAAAGGGUAAGCAGUUCUCUAAGUUAGACAUGAGUCAUGCUUAUCAACAGAUACCUAUGGAUGAGGACUCCAAGAAAUACCUCACCGUGAAUACGCACAGGGGAUUGUUCACCUACAACAGGCUUCCAUUCGGUGUGGCCUCUGCCCCGGCCAUAUUUCAGAGAACGAUGGAGAGUCUUUUAUGUGGGAUUCCUCUAGUAGCUGUGUAUCCAUCCAUCCAUCCAUCCAUCCAUCCAUCCAUCUUCUUCCGCUUAUCCGGGGUCGGGUCGCGGGGGCAGCAGCUUCAGGAGGGACUCCCAGACUUCCCUCUCCCCAGCCACUUCAUCUAGCUCAUCCCGGGGGAUCCCAAGGCGUUCCCAGGCCAGCUGAGAGACAUAGUCUCUCCAGCGCGUCCUGGGUCGUCCCCGGGGUCUCCUACCGGUGGGACAUGCCCGGAACACCUCCCCAGGGAGGCGUCCAGGAGGCAUCCUGAUGAUAUGCCCGAGCCACCUCAUCUGGCUCCUCUCUACGUGGAGGAGCAGCGGCUCUACUCCGAGUCUCUCCCGGAUGACCGAACUUCUCACCCUAUCUCU